AUGGUGACCAGAAAGAGAGACGCCACGAUCGAUGUGGCCAGUCUAUUCAAGGACGUGGAAGUCAAGGUGCCACUCCUGACGGCGUUGAAGAUGCCCCCUAUCAGCAAAUUUAUCAAGGACUACCUGGCGGGCAAGGUCAAUGAAGAAGGAAGAAUGAUCACAGAGGAGAAUGUCUCUGCAGUGAUCCAGCAGAGCGACCUCCCAUCAAAAAAGACCGACCCAGGGAUGUUCAUGCUCCCGAUUUCGAUUGGAGAUAUUCAAAUGGAGCACGCAAUGUGCGAUUUAGGGGCGUCUAUCAAUGUGUUGUCGUAUUCCAUUUACAAGAAGCUGGGAGAGGCUAAGCUUGUCGACACCGACAUCAUGAUACAGCUAGCCGACAGAUCUUGCAUUCACCCCGAGGGAAUUCUUGAAGACGUGAUAGUGAAGGUGAACAAUUUCCUAUACCCAGCCGACUUCUUUGUCAUAAAAAUGUCAAAGCCAGCAGCGAAGGAGUCUAGUGGAGUCUUGUUGGGAAGGUCGUUCCUGUCCACAGCCAGCACUAUAAUCGACGUCUGCAAUGGGACGAUCAGUCUGGACUUCAAUGGAGAGCAAUUCACUUUCUACAUCGAUGAAGCGAUGAAAAGCCUGAGGGACGGUGAAAACGUGCACUCAGUGGACAUAGUCGAGCCUCUGGUGCAAGAAUAUUUAGAGGAGGAGUUUCUACAAAGGCAAUUCACAGACUCGGCAGCAAAUGAAAAGAUCGAGAAGGAAGUCGCCGACUAG